AUGAUAGCGAAGCACUGCCGAAAACAGACUAGGCUGGAGCUUCUGUGCCACACUGCCGGGCUGCUGCAGGACAAGUCUCGCGGGGUCAUCCCCGAGAACAGCCUGCAGCGCUUGGAUCCAGGUGCGAUCUGCUACACCUUUAGAGUGAACGUGCUGGGACCCCUGAUGGUCCUGAAGCACUUUGCUCCUCUCCUCAAAACUUCGGAGACGGAAGGCCCCUUGGUACCAAAGGCACCGAAGUCGACAGCAGUCUUCUACAGCGCCCGCGUGGGCUCCAUCGGCGACAAUGCCACAGGCGGCUGGUACUCGUACCGCAGCAGUAAGGCCGCCCUGAACCAGGUGGUGCGGACGGCCUCUGUAGAGCUCGCCCGACACCGGGUCUGCUGCUUCGCCUUGCACCCGGGCACCGUCGACACGGACCUCACACGUGCCUUUGCACGGGCGCGGUCGAAGUACACGGACGUGGACGAAGCAGCCGCGAGCUUGGGCAUGAGGGUUCGGACUUUGUGGGAUGAAGGCAAUGACAUUCCCUCCCCACGCGGCAGCAAAUUGCAAGCAAUGGUGUCAAGAUCGCAGCGUCAGGCCGAGAACCAUUUGGCCAUCAUUGCCUCUCGGACAAUGGACCACACGGGCCGCUUCUUCGACUGGCGUGCUGAGGAGAUUCCAUGGCAGUUGCAGUUGACACCCCUUCGCGUCCAGGUACUCUUGUCUCUCAACAUCAGUAUUCUGCUCUGCUUGAAACCACUUGGCUCCGAAUGCAUGCUGGAUGCUAUGACGCUGGAUGCGGCGGUUGAACUCUCUCCAAUAACCGAGCUCUGCAACGCCGAUGUUCUCGUUCCGCAGGCCAUCGCCGAUGAUGAGGACGGCUGCAUGGUGGCUGGGCCUUUGAAAAUCCGAAGGCACCAGAUCCUCCGGAGCACGCAGGGCGCCUUGGGCGCCUUAAUGCUCUAUUGCGGCCUGGUGUUGGGAGAGUCGCCCUUCCUGAUGGGCGUUUCAGCGGAGGAUGAGGGCAAAGCCGCUGCAUUCGUGCAGAAUCUGCUGGUUCUCGUCUGUUGGCUGGUGGAGAGGCUCCUCCUCACUGGGCAGCCGCUGCCUCUUACCCAGAGCGUCUCCUGCGCCCUGGUGUGGCUUGCGGCCAUGCUCAUCGACUGGGCGGGUCCGACGCCCUACGACGACGUGACCCUGGGCUUGGCAAGCCAAAUUGCAGGCUGCGAUGGCGGCUACCGCUCUCCAUUUAUCCUGUAUGCGACGGUGUGGGUCACCGGUCUCAUAUUCGGGACCCUCCUGCUGUGCUUCGAGGAGGCUGGUCACUUCCUCGCCGAGGGCUCCGAGGACGUGGAGUCCCCGGAGGCGACAGCACCGCCGCUUCGGCGGAAGGCUUUGCCCAUUUUGUAUGGCCUGGCGACCUCCAUGUCCUGCAUUCUCUUUGCCACAGGCUCUGCGACGAACGACAUGACUUGGGUCGUGAGCGGGGUUCUCCUCCUGGUAAUAUCUGUGCUCUGCGCGUGGAACUGGCUCUGGCGCUUAGAGAUGAACUUAGCCAGCUUCGGCGCCCUCUUCCACGGCUUCGCCGUGGCCCUGCGAGCGGUGCAGAACCAUGCUGUUUUCCGAGACCUGCGCUGGGACCCGGAGGACCAGCAUGGCAUCCUCGUGGUCUACGAGUUUCCUGGGCUCCAACUCUUUAUGUUUGGCAUGUUGGUGAUGUUUGCCUCGCUGCAGUUUUAUCUCUACACCUGCAACUGGAAGGAGUGGAGAAGUCUUGAGAGCCAGGACGAUCAAACAGGGCAUCAGGGCGGCUAUGGCUACAAUGUGGUCAAAGACCUGGGCACUUCCGACGACAAGGACGACGAGGGCAGCCAAGCUUGUGGCCCAGGUGCCGGCAGCUACUGGUGGCAGUGGAUCCUCCUCCCACUUUGCAUUCUCUGUCAGAUCAUCGGUGUACAUGUGCCACUUAUCUACACUGAGUGCAUCUUGCCCAAUGUCACGUGGGUUCAUGACGAUGCUGACGGCUACCGAGUCUCGCAAGGGGAGUCCUACAUUGACGUUAUCCGCUGGCUGUAUCAACGUCAACUUCCAUGCUCAGCGUUUGUGGCUGCGUACAAUGCCAUGUUGCUGCCCCCGCUGCAGUUCUUGAUGAUCUUCCUGAUCCUGCUAAACCCGGCCUUCAUCCCGGGGGACUUGCGCCAAUCGAUGCAGACAUACGUUAUGACGCUGGCGCCCAUGCGCUUCACCCAGCCGUCCAUAAUGAUGCUGGUCGUUGGCAUCGCGAGCCUUCCCAUUGAGCACCAGCAUCCUGACAACAUCCGCUAUGGUGGCUACUUUACAAACGGCUACUGGUUCUUCCUGUCUUACUGUGUGGCGAACCUCCUCUUGGCUUGGUCCGUGCAGCCGAGCGACCUCCUUCCAAAGUCAGAAGGACUGCUGAAGGCUUGCAAGAGCGUCAAGGGGAGGGACCCAACGCUGAUGAAGCACUCGGGUGGCUACAGGGACUACGAUGCAGAGCUUUCCGAGGGCUCCGGACCAGAGGAUCUUCAUCCGACUCCCCCAGUACCGUUCUUGCUGGCAACAGCCGCGCUGGUCGUGGCCGGCAUUUGGGUCGCCCUGACCUACCCGUACCUGGAGUUCGAAUUUCGGAUCGCAGGUGUGGCGAUCCACCGCGUGACACCUACUGUCCUGGACCUGUGGUGGAGCAUAGGCUCCGUGUCAUGGUUUCUGAUGUGCUUCUCAGCCUGUACAGUGAUCUUGCUGCCGUCGCUGUGGGUAGUGUUACUCUGUUGCCGGCUGCAACCGGACUCCUCCUUUGGCUGGGCUGAGCACUGGCUGAGGCCCUGGGUCAUGUGUCACAUCUGGGCUGCCUCCCUGGUCCUGGUCUACUACAUCGUGAUGGCCAGGAAUCAAAACACCAUGGAGGUGUGUGCCAGCUUCCCAUCCCUACCUCUGGGGCCUGGCGGCAUCCUUGCGAUGGGCUUAGGAACCUAUGCCCUUCUUCAUGCUGCAAAAGCGCAGUCGAGUCCGGCGCAUGCUUCGCUGCCGCCGGGUGGUGCCCCGCUGUGGCUGGGGGGGCCGGCCAUGACCAUCUUAGCCCUGGGGACGUUUCUGUCCACGCACGGGCCCCUGCACCACGCGAAGCCGAAGGAUUUGGAGGACUUGAACCUUCGCUUGGACCACAUGGUGGAACUGCUGAACCAGCAUCUGCGCAAGGAUGUGACAGAGACGUUCGGCUACUCGGUCGACUUCAGUAUCUUUCGGAUCAUUGAGCCUCUGGUCGCCAUGAUGCGGGCAUUCAAGCAGCCCGGAGUCCAGCGCGGGUUUGGCCUCGGCCGUCCCUUUUCCGCGUUGGGCUUGCAGGACAUCCCAGGACCCAAAGCUUGGCCGAUCGUGGGGGCUCUGCCCGACUUCAUGUCAAGAGUGAAUGGCAUGAGCCAGCCGAAAGGCCCACAGAUGAACAAGGCCUACGACGAGUACUACCAUGAGUUUGGAGACAUCUACAGGCUGCGACUGGUCGGCGAGGAGAAUGUGAUGGUUUGCAGACCUGAUUUGUACAUGCAGAUGUAUCGAAACGAAGGAAUGUACCCGGUGGGGGCCCUCGAUGGCGUUUGGAUUGCCAAGCGCUGGAUGAAGGAGAACGGCAAAAAGGCCAUGUAUGAGUGGUCUAGCUCGGGGGAGCCUUGGCGAAGGUACCGUCUCGCAGUGCAGGAAGACAUUAUCGGCCCGAAGACAGCACGGUCUUACCUGCCCUACAUCAAUGAGUCCGUCAACUUGGCAUCCACCCACCUGCCAAAUUUCGCCAAAGAGCCGAAUGAGUUCACUACGUGCCUGGCGUUCGACAUGUUCAGUGCGUUGUUCUACGGCCGGCAGAUGAAAACGACGUCUCCUGAUGCGAGCCCCGAGGACAUGGACUUUGUGCGGAACACCCGCGACAUGUUCAAACUGAUGGGAACUUCUCUCUUCAACCGCCACCUUCAGAUGGGAAUCUUCCGCCAUCAUCCUGUAAAUCGGGACUUUAACACGGCUUUUCAGCGUAGCUUCGACUACUCCUGCCGGCUGCUUGAUGAGGCGCUGGAAAGGUCGAAGGACAUGCCGGCUGACACAAAGCCGUACAUCGUGCGAAUCACUGAUCGCGGCAGCAUCCCGCUGGACGAAAUCAAAGACAUAGCUGCGAGCCUCCUGCUGGCGGGCAUUGACACCACGCAGUCCGUGAUCAGCUGGAACCUCGUGAACCUUGCCAAGAACCCGGACAAGCAGGAGAUCCUAAGGAAGGAGCUUCGUGAAGUGCUUGGUUCGGGAGACCUCACCGAGGAAAUCGCAGCAAACAUGAAGACGAAGCUGCCCUAUCUCAGGGCUGUCAUCCGGGAAUCGCACCGAAUCACCCCAGCCUCUGCUCAGAUGGUCGUGCGCCCGGCUCCCUGCGAUCUGGAACUCGAUGGCUACAAAGUGCCGGAAGGCACCAGGGUGUCCUUCAACGUCUUCUCCGUGCAGAACGACCCCAGGUAUGUCGAGGAUCCUUCGGAAUUCAAGCCGGAGCGCUGGCUGGCGGAUGCCGUUGAGGCUCGCCGAGGAACCGAAGCGGAAGUGAUCGAUGAUAAGCUGUUGGCUACACCCUUCUCCUUUGGUGCCCGAAUGUGUUUGGGAGGUCGUGUAGCCGACCUCGAGCUUUCUGUGGCGAUCGCUCGCUUGGUCCGAGAAUGGCGUAUCAGCUUGCCAAAGGAUCAACCUGACUGGAUCAAUGUGCAGCCUUUGUUGACAACGCCGUCCCCUUUUCCGUCCUUCGUGGUCGAGGCGGCGUCUUAG